AUGGCAGCAGCGGCCACGACCUUCAGCACGUCCUGUCUGCCAGAGGUCGUUUCAUCCUGCGCCCUGUGGAGAAGCAUGCCUAGGUUGUAUGUGAAGGGCUUGUCUUGCUUCUUAGAGUCUGUUUGUGCAGUCAUGUUCCCCAUACUCAAGUACAGCGAGAAGCACUCCAGGAACCUCAUCCUUAUCGCCGUGUUCACUCUCUGCUGCAUCCUCUGCAUCGCCGGCUACGCCUCCACCACUGUCAAUGUGUACAUGCGAUUCCUCAUCUCCAUCAUUAAUUCUGCACUCUGA